AUUUUAUUUGCUUGUAGCUAUGGCGACUAUAUCUGCGACAACCACCUUAGGCGUUUGGGGAUUUAUUUUGUUGACACUUGUAUCCAUUGGCAACAGUGAGAUCCUGCCUCAAGCGGACUUUAACGUUCAAGGGAUGUCUGGUAACUGGUACCUGAUUGGCUUCGCCACUAACGCUCCCUGGUUUGUGGCCCGUAAGAAAAUCAUGAAGAUGGGAACCGUCCAGAUGACGCCAACGCCCAGCGGAGGGCUGACCAUAGACCACUCCAGUGUCAAUGCUGAUGGCUCCAGCUUCAAAAUUACCCACGAUGCAAAGCCUUCUUCAUUGCCAGGGAAAUUCACCUUCAGGAGUGAACGCACGGAGGGGGAUAAUGACAUGCGGGUCGUACAGGUGAACUAUGAUGACUUUGCUCUGAUUCACACCAUCAAGACAAAAGCAGGAAUCAACACCAUUCUCAAUAAACUCUAUGGUAGAACACCUGACCUGAGUUCUGAUGUUCUUCAGAAGUUCCGCAGUUUCUCUCUGGAAUGUGACAUUCUACCAGACAACAUUAUCAUUCUUCCCAAGAACGAUUGAUCAUCUGGAACAUCACCCAACCUCCCUCAUUUCAUUCUUUUCCUUCUUCCUCUCCUCUCAGCCCCUAUCUCUCUCCCUCUCCCUCUCUCCUUCUCUCUGCCUCUCUCUCUCCCUCUCUCUCUCUCUCUCU